UCAACCUAACCCCAUACCACCCGGCGGAUCAAGCUCCAAAACCCUAGAACUCAACGGAGCGAGCGCGUGGGUCGGGAUGUCGGCGGCGGUGAGUGCCCUCCGCCGCGCCCUGUCGUCGUCGUCGUCCGCGGCCAAGACCAGCAGCAGCCUGCGCCGCCUCCUCCCCGCCGCGCCACUUCGCCGCGGGGUCCUCUCGUCGCAGCCCCGGCCGUCGCGCCGCAAGGACAGCAUCGAGCUCUCUCGGAGUGAGGAGGGGAGGAGGCUCGCCGGCCGUUUCGACGAGAUUGAGGAUGCCGUGCACGCCAUUCUUAUCAGGGACAUCGAAUCCUACCGGGCCAGCACCAUGGCCGACCAAGGCUUCGUCGAGAGAAGGCUCACCUCUCUGGGGUUCACCAAGGGAUAUACCAGGGACCAAGCUCUUUGGCUUUCCAAGCUCGUGCUUGCAUUCUUUUCUUCGUGGGUCGUAGGGACUGGAUUCGCCAAAAUCGACGACAGCCUCCAUCAGAAUCUGUGAUUAUCACUGGAGUGGAGCGUUACACAUGCAUGAAUUUUGUCACCCAACCUCACAGCGAUCAUACUGAAGAUUGUGCCGCGAAAAAUAAAUGUGAACGUUUUAUGAUUCUCUUCUCUCAAGAACAUUGGGUCGUAUCAUCUGAUAAUUUCCUCACACAGUAUGCUAUCAGAGUGAAACAAAUACAUGAGAAUUGUGCAUCUGUAUGGUUUUGAGCUUAAACUUUAUUAGAAAGGCUGUAAACCCAUGAGAUGAUCUAUGAUCAUUCCUUGAUUUUGUGGUUCAUCUCUUGUUUUGGUUGCGCAGAUAAUCAAUUGAGCUGUUUCGGUUUUCUCUA